CCCUCUGGGUCCACCGGGCGGGGAGAGGGGUCUGCACCGCUCCGGGACAGGCGGGCGCAGCGGCCUUGCCUGCGGGCGCGGGUGAGAGGGGGCCUGCAUCUCCCCAGAGCGGCAGGACACGCCCUGUGCUUAGUCUGGUUUGGCCUUGAGGACCCCUGCACCGUGGGUCGCUACAGGGCCAUGGCGGCCUACAGGCCGGCCUGGCCGAUCAAAGGCGGGAAGAAGGCGAGCUAGUCUAAUCCUCGGUGGUCCUCUCGGGCACCCUCGCGGCUCCACCCUCCCGACUCCCGUCCAUCCUGCGGGAGCAAAAGUCGGGUGGGUGGGUGCCCAGCACCGGCCCGGGUUUGAACCCGCGGCCCCAGGGGGAGCCCUCGGGAUCCGUCAUCCCCAGCCGCGCCCGUUGCCAGAGGGAUCGCAGGCCCCAAGAAGCGGGGUGUUCAAGGUCACAUCGUCGUAGUUAAAGACUGAGGCAGAUAGUCCUGCCCCCCAGCCUUGCUCCAGGCCCUGCUCCCCGGCGGGCUGUUUCCCAGCUUCCGCCGGCGUCCCUCCGCUCCUCUCGCGCCCUCCACGGGGCGCUGUUCCGGGAGGUCUGGGCAGUGCUGCGCCCCCGCGAAGGAUGCUGGACAGCGAUCAGGCCGCGGCCCAGCUUUUCCGGCAGAACCCGCGCCGGGGAGUGCCCGAGAGCGGAUGGACACAGGGCUGGCGAAGGAGAGGACACGGCGAGGUGCAGGCGCCGGAGGGACGCCGGGAGACCCCCAGAAGGAAGCGGACCGGACCACCUACCACUCACUAUGAUGCUGGCUGCCCGCCUCUCCAGACCCCUCUCACAAGUCCCAGGAAGAAUCCUAAGCGUCUGUGACAGAGAAAAUGGAACAAGACGCACACUGUUAUUUUGCUCUGCUUCCUGUACCCCGAUCGGCCAUCGGACUUAUGCCAGCGAGGUGAGCCCGGCUGGCAGCAAAGCUGUCCUGAUCACAGGCUGCGACUCCGGCUUCGGGUUCUCCUUGGCCAAACACCUGCACUCGAAAGGCUUCCUCGUGUUUGCCGGCUGCUUGAUGAAGGACAAAGGGGACGCUGGGGUCAAGGAGCUGGACAGCUUGAGCAGCGACCGAAUGAGAACCAUCCAGCUCAAUGUGUGCAGCCCUGAGCAGGUGGAGAAGGCGGUGGAGAUGGUGCACUCGAGCCUGAAGGACCCCGAGAAAGGGUUGUGGGGCCUGGUUAACAAUGCGGGCAUCUCGACUUUUGGGGAGGUGGAAUUCACAAGCAUGGAGACCUACAAGGAAGUGGCGGAAGUGAACCUCUGGGGCACAGUGCGGACAACAAAAUCUUUCCUCCCGCUCCUCCGAAGAGCCAAAGGCCGCGUGGUCAACAUCAGCAGCAUGCUGGGCCGCAUGGCCAACCCGGCCCGCUCCCCGUACUGCAUCACCAAGUUUGGGGUGGAGGCCUUCUCUGACUGCCUGCGCUAUGAGAUGUACCCUCUGGGCGUGAAGGUCAGCGUGGUGGAGCCGGGCAACUACAUCGCUGCCACCAGCCUCUACAGCCCCGAGCGGAUCCAGGCCAUCGCCAAGAAGAUGUGGGAUGACCUGCCUGAAGUCGUGCGCAAGGACUACGGCAGGAAGUACUUCGACGAGAAGAUCGCCAAGAUGGAGACCUACUGCAACAGCGGCUCCACAGACACGUCUCCCGUCAUUGACGCUGUCACACACGCCCUGACCGCUGCUACCCCCUACACCCGCUACCACCCCAUGGACUACUACUGGUGGCUGCGAAUGCAGAUCAUGACCCACUUGCCCGGAGCUGUGUCCGACAUGAUCUACAUACACUGAAGAGUUUUGCUGUGACCGGUCCGGGGGCCGCAGAGGGAGGGGAGAAGGUCGGGUGGGUGGGUCACACACCUAUCGACACCUCACUUAAGCACUUGUGGGUCACCACUGUCUUAGGAAGACUCAUUUUAGCAUUAAGCAGAGGCAGUAACCCCGCCUGACUCAUUCAUGUAGGGAGAGGCUUGGGUCUUCACAAAAUGGGGUCCCGGCGAGGUGCCCUAGACCUUGGGGUAAACAUGGUGCAUCUAUCUGGAUUUUUUUGAUUUCAUAUGAAAAUUUUGGGAAACAUCUUUAUAUUAAAAACAUUUAUUAUAGAA